AACCUUAGUAACCUACUCAGCCUUGAGAAAUCCUUUCUAAUCUAGAUUCCCCCAUCCCAUCCCUGGCCACCCCUCCCAAUCCUCCCACUCUUCUCGGUUUCCAGGGUGCCUCUUCGCUGUUAGCAUGCUAAACAGAAUGCAUGCUGCAAUGCACUUUUCUUGCUUUUAUUUCUCUUUGAGGACUGAUAAAUGUGUUCUUGUCCACUAAUGGUUGAGUGCUGGGAUCUGAUGUGUGUGAUUGUGCGUGGCAGAGCUGGAUCAGCUGAGUGAAGGAUGUAUCGUCUGCUGGUGGCCCAAGUCCUUCUGGGCUGCUGGAGUGUGGCACAGCCUUUCUGUCCUUCCCAGUGCACCUGUGUGUACCACGGACACAGUGAUGGCACUGGUACCAGGUCUGUUCUAUGCAAUGAUCCUGACAUGUCAGACAUUCCAGUUAAUGUUCCUGUGGACACCAUGAAAUUGCGGGUAGAGAAGACAGCUGUGCGUCGAGUGCCCACUGAGGCCUUCUACUACCUGACAGAAUUACGCUACCUGUGGAUAACAUACAAUUCCAUCACCACUGUGGAUCCUGGCAGUUUCUACAAUCUGAAGGUUCUUCAUGAGCUACGACUGGAUGGGAACAUGAUCUCUACCUUUCCCUGGGAGUCUCUGAAAGAAAUGCCCAGUCUGAAGACCUUGGAUCUGCACAACAACCGACUGACUAGUGUUGCUGUGGAGGCAGCACCUUACCUGGUUAACAUCACCUACUUGGAUAUUUCUAGUAACAAGCUAACUACCCUUCCCUCUGACCUGGUAGACAUCUGGCCUCCAUUUUCUGGCAUUCUGACCAGUACAAAUCCUUCACAAAAGACUGUUCUUGGUCUGCAGGAUAAUCCCUGGUACUGUGACUGCCGGAUUUCAAAGCUCAUUGAGUUGUCGAAGAUGGCCAACAUACCUGUGGUGCUGAUGGAUCAGUUCCUGACAUGCAGUGGACCAGAGAACCUAGCUGGUGUUCUGUUCCAGCGGGCUGAACUGGAUCAGUGCCUCAAGCCAUCAGUUAGGACCUCAGCCACUAAGAUCACUUCACCACUGGGCAGCAAUGUCCUUCUGCGCUGUGAUACCACUGGUUUCCCUACCCCCACCCUUCUGUGGACCAGAACUGAUGGAUCAGCAGUCGAUAACACAGUUGUGCAGGAAUCUCCAGGUGAGGGCGUUCGUUGGUCCAUUCUCAGUUUGCAUAGUAUCAUUUUGAAGGAUGCUGGCGAUUACCGUUGCAAGGCCAAGAACGUUGCAGGGAGUGCUGAGGCAUACAUCACCCUGUCUGUGGAUGGGGUGGAAACUGAGACACAGCCAACAUUGCUGAACAUAACUAGGAGGCCAUAUGCAGAUUCCAAACUUGGUCAGCCCAUGACAUCUUUUUCAGGGACUGGGAUCACAUUUUCUACUUCCUUAAGCCCUGCCUUGCUUACAACCAAAACUGCCAUAUCUACACAGUCACCUCUAUCAACCAAGAAGAGUCUGGGACCAGGCGGAGGAGUACAGAGAUCCCCACCUGCUGGAGACAAGCCAGCUAAGAUCCAGCAAAGCAAGGGUGGAAAAGGUCAAAUGAACAACAAGACAAAAAAGAAAGCUGAUGUCAGAGACAUUGAGGUAGUGGAGGAGACAAGUGACACAGCAGUCUUGCUAUGGACAGCUGAAGGCUUGUCUAGCAACACACCCUUAACUGUGGUCUACUUUCCAUAUGAUGCAAAAGAUGAUAAAGUGUCAGUUGAUGCAGAGGUGGGGCAGGGGAAACUUCUCUUGGAAUAUUUGAUGCCUAACCAGCUCUACACAGUGUGCUUGGUUACUAAGUCUUCGGCAUCUGGGAAAGAGCAAUGUGUGGAUUUUAGUACUCUGGAUAACACUGGGGAUGAUGGACAGAACAAAUUUCUGAUGAUUGCCAGUGGGAUUGCAUGUGUAGUUGCAGUACCUCUCAUUGUGGUGCUGCUCUACAAGAUCUUGUGUCUCUACUGUAAAGGAAACAGCAGCAGGAGCAAUGGACCAGAUGAUGACCUUUCAAAAGAGACAUAUGUAAAGUUUGAGACACUUACCAUGAAACAAAGGACUCUGAAUGGGCAGGCAAAUGAUCUCUGGCCCCGAAGGCAGACUCAGGAAUCAGAGAGAAUGCUCCUCUGCUCACGUUCAAGCAUUGACUCUCAAAUGACAUACAAGAGUGACAGUUCUAGAUCUGAGUACCUGUGCUAAUGUAUAGCCUCAUUAUUAUGGCAUAUCAUCUUUGAAGUGUUUUUCUUUCUAUACACAUGGUAUUAGACAAGAUGUGGCAACAUCAGUUUUUAAAGAUUAGGUUUUGGAUAUUCAUUUUGUUGCCUUACAAGACUUCUCUUAACUCAAAUUUGUAUUUUCUGUCUCAUCUCUCAUUUUUAUAAAUUAAUCAUUUUGUUCACCCAAACAAACAUAACUAUAUAUUUGUUUUUGUUUUUUAAUGAAAUGCAAAUAUACUUAAUGUUAAUAUUGAGUAUUUUUGUGUAUGCCAAUAAAUGAUUAUAUAGUUUUACAUACAGUCAUGAUAAAUGUAAUAAAUAAAUGUGUACUGCCUUUGAUGUAUUUUCUUUAUUCUAUCUCGGAAUCACUGGGAGGAUUUGGGUACCUACACACUACAGAAAGAAUUUGAUGGAUAUGAAGUAAUAUCUAAGGUUGUUGAAAGAAUUGUGUGAGUUUGAAAUCAAGUUGAAAUACAGUGAACUGAAUUUUCAAAAGAACAGCUGAACCCGCCUCUCUGAAAUUCGUAUUGGCUAAUUGUGUGUUGGAGCAAAAGUUGAAAUGUGCUCAACGUAUGGUUGCAUGACUGAGUGUCACUUUCGCAAAUCCUUGCUUUAUGUUCUAACAAUGCACAAUCCCAAUUGAAGUCAAAGGAAUCACAGCAUUCUCUGACACAGCAUAAACUAUUAACUUUACUGCUUUUUAGUUGUUUUAUGUUCAAAUAGUCAGUGAAUGGCAAUGAAAUGUUGACAUUCCAAAUUUACAGCCUCUACUUUUCUUAUGGUUUAAUGUCACUUGUCUUUUUCAAAUCUAAAAUUGCUGGCUAAGUAUGUUAGAUAGGGAUCAGAUAGUAGAAUCGUACAAUAAGAGACACUUUAUUGGUUACAUCUAUUUUCUGUGGUUUCUGUGCUAAUGUGUCUGGGUGUGUCUACAUUGUUGAGUCAUCAUGCUGAUAUCAUGCAUUCUUCUAAAUGCAACAGGUGUAUUUCUGUGUGUCUCUGUCCUCCCUCUCCUUUUUCUCUUUUUUAAAGUCUCUUUCUAUCUCUUUCUGUCUUUAGUUCCCGUUUACUCAUAUAUGUUUAUGCACUUGCUUGUUUAAACAUGUUUAUCUGGUGUGUAUCUGUAUUUGUGUUGUGUGUGUCACUGACAUGGCCAUAUUUCCAUCAUGUUCCAUCCGCAUAAAAUAGCUAAAUGUACGAUUUUAUGGUAAGAGAGCAUUGGAGGUCCAUUUCCAUGAUGACCUCAAGAACACACACAUUUAUUUUUCCGUCAUGGUGGAGACUUUCAUUCUAUUUCUAUUGUUUGUAUACUGAGCAAAUAAUAUUUGUUUUCUUUCCAAUAACCCUACUUCUGCCCCUAACAUUCAGAAACCUUUCUGCAUUUUUAUAUUUUUAUUAAAACAUUAUCGGGAUGUUUUUUAAUCAUUUUCCUCAUAGGGACAAUUGCCUGAGCGCCUUUAAAUGCACAAUCUUACACCAAUUAUGCUUAUAGAUUUACUCAGUAAUUAUUUCCUCAUGAAAAAAGUUUAACUCCUAAAGACAUGAAUUGUAAUUAUGCAAUAUAUGUAGGAAAUCAUGACCACACACAUUUAAAUGAAGACUCCAGUCAUAUCACUAACCUUAUAAAAGCUGUUUUAUUCUACAUGGAGAGGGUCCAUACAUGGGGGCUGCCAUUUUUGACUCACAUGACCAGCCGAAUACUACUUGCUUAAUCUCAGUAACUGUCCUGUUAUUUGACACUUUCACUCACUGAUUAAAGUAAUCAUGGCUAACCGGGAAUACUAAAUUUCUACAAUGGCAUCUAAAACUGAAAACUAUUGAUUUUAAAUGAUGCUGCAUCCAAGCCACUAGGUGUCAGUGUAAGUCCAAGAUGACACAAGGACAAAAGUUACAAAGCAUGCACCUUUAAUUAACCAACAAUGUGUGUGGUCAUGUCAAUGCCUUAAACUGUUUUCCUUUUUUCAGGGCAGAUCAUAAAUCAUAUGAUCAUAAAUAUUUUAAGGGUAAACUGUUUGGCACACAUAGAUUUUUGCCCAUUACCCAGAGUUUGUAUUGUCCUGUGUGUAAACAUGCAUGCCUGUUUAAGUUUUGAUGUAAAAAGCAAACAAAAUAAAUAAAUAA